AUGUUUCGACAGGCAACUCACAGAAAUUACGUGUCAAACGUUAAAAUAAAAGAUAAAGUAGUGAUUAUAACAGGCUCUAAUACUGGUGUGGGAUACGCGACUGCUGAAGACUUAGCAAUGCGUGGUGCUAAAGUAAUACUUGCAUGUCGGAACCCCCAGAGAGGAUUGGCAGCCAGAGACAAGAUAAUACAGUCAACAGGAAAUAAGAAGAUUAUUUUUAAGCAACUAGAUCUAUCAUCUUUCAAAUCAGUUCGUGAUUUCGCUGAUGACAUUUUAAAAAGUGAAUCGAGGCUCGACAUUUUGAUCAACAAUGCCGGCAUAUUGAACGUUGGUAAUUAUCUGACGGCGGACAAACUGCCAAUAGAAGCACAAGUCAAUCAUUUCAGCCCAUUUCUGCUAACAAUGCUCCUGUUACCUUUAUUAAAAUCAUCAGCGCCCAGUCGGAUUAUAAACGUAUCGUCAAUAUUCUACAUUUUCGGGAAUGUUGACAACUUGGAUAAACAAACAAAAUCUUCUAUUUUAGGUCGUUAUGUGGAGCGUGUUUAUUCCAAUACAAAGUUAGCUAACAUAUUGUUUACUAGGAAAUUGAGUGAACACUUAAAAAGUACGAGGGUCACUGCAAACUGUUUGCAUCCAGGCGCUGUGUCAACUGAUUUGUUUAGAAACCGCCGUUUCACAGAUUUAUGGUUCUCGUGGUUUAUUAAUCUGACUGCAAAUCAAGGAGCACAGACAUCUAUUUACCUGGCCAUUGAUCCCAGUUUGGAUUCAGUUAGCGGCAAAUACUUUUCGAAUUGCAGAGAGGUAACUCCGAUAAAGAAAGCCCGUGAUGACAACGCUGCUGAAAGGCUGUGGUCGUUAUCUGAAGAUAUAGUGUUCAGCAAAAACAAAGAAUUGUAG